AGCCCGAGCAGGAGCCGGAGCGGGAGCGGCGCCGCCUGGGCCGGGCGCGCGCCGGAGGAUGCUGCGGGGCGGGGGCCGCGGCCGUGCGCUCCCCGCGCCGGGGCCCCGACGGCGAGGACUCGGCGUGGGCUCCGGAGCCCGCACCUAGCGGCCCGCUGGCCCCUGCCCGAGGGUCCCUGCGGCGGGUCCGGCGCCCCCCGAGCCGGGCAGCAGUGCAGCGAGGCCGCGCCCUGAGCCCGCGGCCCGUGUGGAACUAGGCGGCCGAGCCCGACCGGCCCCGUCAUGCCCACGGCCCUGUGCCCCCGGGUGCUGGCCCCGAAGGAGAGCGAGGAGCCCCGGAAGAUGCGGGGCCCGCCCGGGGAGAGCCCCCGGCCGGCCGAGGGGCUGCCCAGCCCCGAGUCCUCGCGCCGCCUCUUCCGCCGCUUCCGCUACCAGGAGGCGGCGGGCCCGCGCGAGGCGCUGCAGCGGCUGCGGGAACUGUGCCGGGGCUGGCUGCGGCCCGACCGCCUCUCCAAGGAGCAGAUCCUCGAGUGCCUGGUGCUCGAGCAGUUCCUGGGCGUGCUGCCGCGCGAGGUGCAGGGCUGGGUGCGCGCCCAGGAGCCGGGCAGCGGCGACCAGGCGGUGGCGGCCGUGGAGGCCCUGGAGCGGGAGCCCGGCCGGCCCUGGCAGUGGCUCAAGCACUGCGAGGACCCCGUGGUGAUCGACGACGGGGACGGCCCCCCAGACCAGGAGCCGGAGCAGCCGCUGGCCGAGCCGCAGGGCCACCCGGCCAAGGGCCAGGACGGCACAGCCUUGGCCCCGGCGCUCGGCCCGGGGCUCCCCAGCCGGCUGCCCGGCCAGCCCAGCGGGGACCCAGCGCUGCAGGCCAUGGCCCUGCCCGACCCCACCGGCUCCAGGGACACACACCAGGAGGCCACCCUGCAGCUGCCCCCGGACAUAAUCUUCUGCUUCUCACAAGAGGACUGGUCUCUCCUGGACCCGGCGCAGACGGGCUUCUACGGAGAGUUCAUCAUAGGGGAGGACUGCGGCGUGGCGCUGGCCCAGAGUGACCCCAUGGACCCCCUGCCCCCCGCCCAGGCUGAGGAGAACGAGCCCCGGGUUCCAGAGUGGUUGGAGGAGCAGGAGGAGGACGCGGCCCAGGCCUCCUACGCGGGCCUCCCGAGCGUGCAGCCGUUCCCCGAGGAAGAGAGAACGCGCGACGAGCUGCACGUGCCCGAGUUCCAGGGCGCCCCGCAGAGGGCCCCCCCGGAGAGCGCCUGCCUAACCGGCGCCAGCGCGCCGUCCCCCCAGGGUGGCCCCGACGAGGAGGUGAGCAUCGAGAUCGUGCUGUCCAGCUCCGGGGACGAGGACCCGCAGCUGGGCCCGUACUGCGCAGCCGCCAAGGCGGGGGCCGAGGCGCGGGCCGAGGCGCAGCCGUCGCCGCACAAGGCCUACGUGUGUCCCAACUGCGGCAAGGCCUUCCGCUGGCGCGUCAACUUCAUCCGGCACCUGCGCAGCCGCCGGGAGCAGGAGCAGCCGUACGAGUGCGCCGAGUGCGGGGAGCUCUUCGGGGACAGCGAGGGCCUGGACGGCCACCUGGAGACCCACGAGGCCCGGAAGCCCUACCAGUGCGGCGCGUGUGGCCGGAGCUUCCGCCUCAGCUCGCACCUGGACGCACACCGGCGGACGCACCUGCAGGCCGCGGGCAAGGGGGCGCCGGGCCAGGCCCGCGGCAAGCCCCGCUUCUCCUGCUGCCAGUGCGGGAAGGCCUUCCAGCGCCACGACCACCUGGAGCGCCACCGCCGCACGCACGCCAAGGACCCGGCCCGGCCGCUGCAGUGCCGCUACUGCGUCAAGCGCUUCCUGCACAACCACAACCUGCUGCGUCACGAGCGCCUGCACAUGCGGCGCCGCUCCAAGCAGGCCCUCAACUCCUACUGACCCGCGGGCACUGCAGGGGCGCCCGGCUCCCCCUGAGCCCGGGCGGGGCCACCGAGGUGGGACGCGCUGGCACUGGGCCCUGCCCACCCGGCUGGAAA